AUGGCACAAAAUCAACCAUUGGAGAUUCUCCUUGACGCCAAUUUAGCCGGCCUUUUGGAUCUCUUGCAAGUACAUGUCGAUGAGCCGAAAUCCCCCGGGGUCCGCUUUGUGGAAAGCGUGAAAAUCAGCGAAUUCAUUGCAAAGUCUUACAAGGGUGGAAUAUUGCCUCAUAACAAAGAGACACAGCGCAUGUUGCUGUUGGAGGAGAAAAAAAGUUUAUUACCCACGCUUGCAACCCCAGAGGCCGUUGAUCAACUUAUCAGCAGAUUGGGCUACAUUACCGUCAACGAACCGCAAACUUACGAGACAGGAACCCUGAUCCAACUGGUGUCAAGGUUGCUGGCAUAUUCCCUCCAAUUUCGACGAUGUCUCUCCUCUGUACCCGAAGACCGUCUCACCUCGGCCAUCUCUGCCGUAUCCGAUUACAAAGGCGCUGUAUUAGAUCUUUCGAAUCCUUUCACAACGGUGCCGUGGAGAGUUUUGAAUGAUUUCUUGACGAACGCUCAAACGACAUUGAAGUUGCCUUUCAAUCCGUACACCAACGCGACCGAUGACAUAAAGGCAAUCAUUAUGGGUGCUUCGCCUUUUCUGGUAUCCGGCGGCUCGAUUCAGCCUCUGGACACCGAAGUCAGCUUUAUCGAAAAUCUUUAUCGUCAAACGGCGGGGCAAUACAAAACUUUUGACAAAGCCAGUCAUACUGACGGGACGUUUUUGCAAUUUGGGUUUAAAGAAUACGUGCAGAAUAGAAUCCCUAUGAAGCGGGUCAGCAAUGGUGCAUACGUUUGUUAUGUGGAUGCCUUGCACAAGACAUAUUACUACACGACCCUCACCCUAGAUCCAUUCCGCUUCAAGGUGUUGAAGAAUCUUCUCAUAUAUGAGAUAGUCUCUGGAAAGGCAGCUUAUAUUCAUAGUGCUAUACAUUAUUACCUAAGUAUGUGCACGUGUGAAGAGGAUUUCAAAUUGAUGAUCGAAUAUGGUGUUAUUCAAUGGGGAUUCCCAAUGAAAGGAUAUGACGAGUUUCGUGAAAUGAUGAAAGAGUUACUGGAUACUAUGUAUUGCUGGAAAUUCGUAAAUACUUGGACGUGGCAUGCUGAAUUGGUCAAAAUUGCAAGAAGAAAAGCCCUUCUGGGAGACACAAGCAGUUGGGCUGACUUUGCGGCAACUUGCUACUCUGGUGGUUUACUAAGAUUAGACGUGAGUGGUUCUUUGUACAAGAGCCUUGCCUGA